ACUCAUUGUUACCACCGGCAAUCUUUUACUUUUAUUCCUUUUACGUAAAUCAAAAGCGUCAAAAAUAGACUUCAAUUAAAUAAUUAAUGUUUUGAAAUAAAUUUCUUUUACACGGUAUAAGCAUAUUUCAAGUCAGACUUCAUUCGUUGUAUAUGUCGGAAAAUAAAAACGAUAGCGUGUAUUUUAUUUAUUUUAUGAACGCAACUUAGUGUACAAUAACGUUUGUUUCUCUAUUCUAAGACAAGAACCAAUAGUGCCUGACUUGCUUUAUCGGUUAUCUUUUCGCCAAACGAAAAGAUUCGGAGUAUUCAGGGUACAUUCGUCUCUCUGAACAAUGUUAACGGACUUACUUAUUCGUUCGUUGUUACAUUACAUCAUUGAGAGUUCUCUUAGUCACUCUAAAUUGUUAUAUCAUAAGUAACAUUUAUUCUGUAGUACUAUCGUCGAAAUUGUUAAAAUCAUCAAUAAUGGGAUUAGGAAGUUUUCGAUCGAAAAUACCUCUGAUUAUUAUAUCGGUCUUCCUUCUCUGGCAAUCGUCAAAAGUUUGGCUAAGUUUUACUCAGGAGAAAACUGACAUAGAAGCACAGCCUCAGGACAGCGAAGUGACAACGUUAAGCCAAAACGAUGAGAGAACACAACAGAAGGUUCAUAUUGCAGUUUAUUAUGAGGCACUUUGUCCAGAUUCACGCAGUUUCUUCACCAAACAAUUGCUGCCUACGUAUCACAAGAUUCCGGACAGUAUAGAAGUAGAAUUAAUACCUUACGGGAAAGCUACAACAAUGAAAAUAGAGUCUGGUUACGAAUUCAUAUGUCAACAUGGACCUACAGAAUGUGAUGCAAAUAUUAUUCAUGCAUGUUCCAUUGACAUUCUAAAAAAUUCAUCUGUUCAAUUAGAAUAUGUAUCUUGUAUGAUUAAGAAUAAUAUAGAUCCAGUGAAUAUUAUGAAAAUUUGCGCACAAAAGAUGAACAUAGAUUAUAAUAAAAUUUUUAAAUGUUUCACUGAAGAAAAAGGCAAAGAACUUUUAGCCAAAUAUGGGGAGCAAACAAAUUCUUUAAUACCGACAGUUUCUUUUAUACCAACCAUAUUACUUGAUGGGAGUUCAGACUACCAGGCAAGGAUAUUAAAAAAUUUAUUGCAAGAAGUGUGCCUACAUCUUAAAUUCUUGCCAGAGCAUUGUAAAUUGUAAAAAUAUGUUGAACAUUUAUAAAACAUAUCUUCCUACAGAUUUGCAUGAAGUACAAUAUUUUUUACAUUAAUUUUAUAUUAAAUUUUCAUAUAUUCAAUGCUUCAUGAGGAUUUCUCAAAAGAAUUAUGAUAAUUUUUAUACAAAAUGUUAAAGGUGCACAUGUGGACUAAUAUAUUUUUUGUUUAAA